GCUCGCUCGCGCUCGGGGGAGGCUGAGGCGGCAGGAGCGGCAGCAAUGGCGGAUUUCGAUUCUUAUGACGACCAGGCCUACAGUAGCUUCGGGGGCGGCCGCGGGUCUCGUGGCAGUUCUUCCAUUGGUUCACGUAAACAGAAAGAGCUUCCAACAGAGCCCCCCUUUACAGCAUACGUUGGUAACCUCCCCUUCAACACAGUCCAAGGAGAUAUUGAUGACAUCUUCAAGGAAUUCAAUGUAAGAAGUGUCCGACUAGUCAGAGACAAAGAGACAGAUAAAUUUAAAGGAUUUUGUUAUGUAGAGUUUGAUGACGUUGAGUCACUUAAAGGAUCUCUGACGUUUGAUGGAGCACUUUAUGGUGACCGAUCGCUCCGAGUGGACAUAGCUGAAGGCAGGAAACAAGACAAAGGUGGCUUCGGUUUCAGAAAAGGUGGCGGUGCAGAUGACAGAGGUAUGGGCGGAGGUAUGCGGGAAUCAAGAGGA